GAUCCUGCGCCCUGCCGCCACUACGGGGGUGCGUCCGCACGUAAAAGCCGGCGUACGCUCCUCGCCAACGACUCGCUCGCUGUCGUCGCUCGGCUCGGCCUCUUCGCAUUUCGCUCGCACUUUCCCCCCGACUACGACUUGGUCUUUUCGAUCGAAGCUCGACCGCGACCUCGAUCCGAACAGGAAGAUCUCGUCGAUCUCUCGUCGUCGCCGAGCUCGUCGAAUCCGCGCUUUAUCGUUCACCAGCGACAGUUCGGUGUCGGUGUCGGCUCGAUACCCACCAGUUCCGAGCUAAACUCGAUGUUGAAAUAUGACAAUUGUUUGAAACGUGAAAAGUUUUACGGAAAUGUUUCUUGGAACUUAUCCCAGUGUAUCUGCCGCGAGGAGUGAUUUCUAAGCUGGAGGAAGGAUUCGCGGAAACGUCGGCCGCGAACGAGGACACUCGUCGUCGUCGUCGUCGUCGUCGUCGCCGCCGUCGUCGUCGUCGUCGUCCAUAGCACCCGAUAGGGUGAAGCUCGAUAGAGCCCGCGUACGUUUGCGCUGGAACGGAUAUUUAAUACGACGAGAAAGUGCAUUCGACAAAUCAUUCUCGAUCGAAACCAUGGUGAAGGAUUUGUACGUAGCCAAGAACUUGCUUGCGGCCUCCUACACGUCAUUGUCCCAUCAUCUUUCAUGACGCAUUCAAUUCUUAUAUCGAGAGUAUUAGAUUAGCUGUCGCUGAUAUGACGCUGAUUCUUCCAAGAUAAGACGAGAUGGAACUUGAAUGUGGAAUCGAUGGUGCGAUAUGUCCCGCGAAAUCACCGUGGGAAUUUGAGGACCGUCGUCGGAAACGCGAAAAGCAAGAAUAAAGAGCGAUCGCUAGCAAGCUGUGUGGUCAACCCCGCACCGAAUGGAUGGCGACGCGGACGCGCACGAGGACGGCCGUAGUACGGCGACGAUAGGACGACGUUAGAACGUUACCGCUUGCGGCUGCAGCUGCGGCGUCAUCGGUCGCUGCACCUGCAGCUGCGGCGGCGACGACGAUUUAAUCAGAGGGCGAAACGAUGCAGAACGCUGGCGACUAUUAUCAAAGGGCGCCGAGAUGUUGUCCCGGUAGAAGUGGUAACAACAACAAUAAUAGCGGCAUCGCUGGCGGAUCUGUGCGAGGCGCGGAGCUGCUCUGCUGCUGUUGCAGCUGCAGCACCUCUACCUCCACCAAGACUCCGGGGCUGCUGGCGAGCCUUGGCGUGUGUGUGCUCGUUCUCGGCUACACCCUGCUCGGCGCGUUCGCCUUUAUGGCCCUCGAGGGAGGCCUGAAAUCGGAUUCGCUGGCCGAGGUUACAUCCUCGAAAUCCGACGGGGCUUCCUACGUGCCGCCGAAUCUGGAGAGCGACUCCGCUGCCACGGAAUUGAGAGCACGCACGGUCGAAAAGCUGUGGAGCAUCACCGAGGACCUGAACGUUCUCUACAAGGAGAAUUGGACUCGUCUGGCGGCUCGAGAAGUCCUCGAGUUCCAGGAGAAUCUGGCCCGCGGCCUCAGGCGCACCUCGUACGAGCAGGUGCCUCCGCGGUCCCGAGAGCAUCACGCGGACAGGCGGCUACACAGUCGGCGAUGGACUUUCAGUAGUAGUCUGCUGUAUUCUCUAACGUUGAUCACGACUAUAGGAUACGGUAGCGUAGCGCCACGCACAGUCUGGGGCCGGCUGAUUACCAUAGUCUACGCCUUAGCAGGGAUCCCGCUGAUGUUAGUCUACCUGAGCACAGUGGGCGACGUGCUCGCUCGAAGCUUUCGCCGUCUCUACGGACGCAUGUGUCGGCAGCCGCGUAACUGCGCGCGAAAGCAACAACCGCCACCGCCACCACCGCCAGGCAUAAUGGCCAAGACGUAUCGCUACGACAAUCACGUGGAGAGCAAGGGAGCCGGCAACUACUACUCCACAAGCAGGGAAAGCUCCUGCGACGAUCUGGGUAUCCGCGGCACCGGCAGCGCGAUCCUCCUCGACUGCGGCAGCGAAGGUCUUUUGCACGCUACCACUAGUUCGACAGCCGCGCUCCAGGAUGUGUCAACGGGCAACGGCAAACGACACUUUCACCCGUGCUCGCUGUCCUUAUCGUCGACCUCGUCACCGGCGUACAUGCUAGAGGCCAAUCCCGUGAGGAUACCGAUCAGCUUGUGCCUGGCGAUAAUGCUGGUGUAUAUAUGCGGAGGUGCGGUCAUGUUCAACCGUCUGGAGGGCUGGAGCUUGUUGGAAGGCGGGUACUUCUGCUUCACCAGCCUUGGCACCAUCGGUUUUGGAGACCUGAUGCCGGUGGGGCGUAACGCACCCUCGUCUACCCUGGAGGAGCUCAGCCUGUGCGCCUGUUCGCUCUACAUCCUCGCCGGGAUGGGCCUGAUCGCCAUGUGCUUCAACCUCGUCCAGGAGGAGGUGGUACGCGUGGUCAGGGUCUUCGGUAGAACCUGCGGCAUGUCGUCGGGCGUGGUGGUCGGACCUAUCGGUGGUACAGCAGGCGCCACUUGCGGUCUCAAGGCCGACCUUGAUGAUGGAGGCGGCACCAGCGACUCGCGAUUGUCCGAACAAGAGGAGGAGGCGAUCGCCAUGUCGAUGGUGCCGGCCGGUUCCUGACAGCAUCAGGCCAGGAGCCCCGGUGACGGCAAGCUCCUGGCCCACCCCUCGAGCACUGCCAUAAAGUUGUCGCCAGGCCAUCAUUCGCUGCCGCGCAAAAAGACGUUGCCGUUGGAUGCCACCGGUAGGACGACGAGCAACUCUUCAGGCGUUCAACAGCAACCGUUCCAACGGGGUCAGCCACUAAGAAGGAGCUGUUUGUCGCCGACGCAGCAGCAGCUGCAGCAGCAGCAGCAGCAGCAGCAGCAGCAGCAGCAGCAGCAGCAGCAUCAGCAUCAUCAUCAUCAUCAACAUCGACAGCAGGAGAGUUCGUUGCACUUUGAAUACUUUGUGCCGCGCAGCGUCAGCGAGUUCAAUCUCGCGGCCGCCGUGACAGACAUGGCGGUGCCACCGCCACCUCCCGCGUCGGUCCUUAGACCUUCCUCGGCGAUCACGACGUCGGUCGCCACCGGAGUGAUCGCCGCCACCAGCCAGACGAGAUUGCUGGACGGUGGCAGUGGUGGUGGCUGCAAUACCGCUACCAGAAGUCGCGAGAAAAUGGUUACGUUCGAGGACGAGGGGGUCAGUUGCGGCGUUACCUCGACACCCACCAGAAAGAAUCUACCCGCUCUAGAUAAUGUCUUUAUGUGACGUGUGUCGCAUAUUUCACAGAUGCUCAAGCGCUUAUUGCUGUGGAUGGGCGAAAGCCUUGCAAUUUCCACACCUCUGAAGAGAGCAACGACAAAUCGAAAAUUAAAUGGACAUGACAAUUAUUUCUACCAAGAAUAAAUAAAUAUAUGAUAUUAACAACUGAGAAUUGUUAAUCCGAUGAUUAUCGACAUCCUUCAAUGUUUUUGUCAAAACUAGUCGAUAUCAAGAAUUAAAAACAGGUCAUAUCUGAUUACGUCGAUAAAUACUGACAAAAACAAGAGCCUAAUCACGAUUUACAUGAAUUGAAAGAACAGGAAGGAAAGGAAAAAGAAGACUGCAUAUCUGUAUAAUGCGAUAACGUAGAAAGGCAAAGGAGUACUAUAAAUACUCUAGACGGAAUCCGAUAUUAGGAAACUUUUUUUUCUUUUCUCAUCACAAAGACAUUGCCUAAAUGAUACCCCAGACAAUAUCUAAAGGACGCAUAAGAGACAUUCUAAUUCUUUAGACAUAUUUGUGUUAUUUUGACAAUCACACAUUUUUAUGUCAAACAAAUUUUUUCAGAAACAAUAUAUUCCAUAGUUCAAUGUGCCAUGCACAGCAACUGUAUGAAAGCGAGGAAUAAAAGACAAAUAUAGCAGGUAAAAACACUUGAAAAGACACACAAGAAAAAGAGAAAUGUUAUAAUCGACAAAAGACACCGAAUGGAAACUUUUCUCCUCGGCCGAAUGUCGACUGUACAUUUCUCAUUAUUGAUCAAGCCGUACGUUAUUGUUGUCAAAUUACUUGCGCGCAGCGUAGGUCGAGUAUUCGAAUUUUAUGUCCGAUAAGUCCAACUGUAUUCCGAAUAGUUUGUAUAUAUAUAUAUAUUCAAAAAAUAUAUUGACUAAUUCUAACGUGUACAAUUACCCUACCAUAUAUGAAAUAUACGAGCAAAGUUUUAUA